UCUCCGACCCCACACUCCGCCAGUCCCUCUCAGUCCCGCUCACGCACUCUCUCUCCCCCCCUCUGAGACUGCAAAUACACUGUAAUGGUAGAUUCGAAGUAGUUAGCCUUAGCCCAGACAUUGAUUAGAGAGAGAGAGAGAGAAAGAGCGAGACCAAGCGGAAGAGCGAGAGGUGGUAGAGGAAGAGAGAGGAACAGCUCCAAAAAUGACUACAAACUCAGACCAAAGAGCUUCUUCUUCAGGUAAUCACCGCUACUAUUAUCCCACGCCGUCGUAUCGCUCCUCCUCCUCUUCCGCCUCCUUCAGAGGCUGCUGCUGCUGCCUCUUCCUUCUCUUCUCCUUCCUUGCUCUCCUCGUCCUCGCCGUCGUUCUCGUCAUCAUCCUCGCCGUCAAGCCCAAGAAGCCCCAGUUCGAGCUUCAACAGGUCGCCGUCCAAUCCAUGGGCAUCACAACUAACCCUCCCUCCUUCGCCACCGCCAACGUCGGCUCCGCCGCCGCCGCCGCCACAAGUGCCUCACUCUCUCUCACCAUUAUGCUGCUCUUCACCGCCGUGAACCCUAACAAGGUGGGGAUCAAGUACGGCGAGUCCAGGUUCACAGUGAUGUACAGGGGAAUCCCGCUGGGCAAAGCUUCUGUGCCUGGAUUCUACCAGGAAGCGCACAGUGUGAGGCAAGUACAGGCCACAAUCGCCGUCGAUCGGGUCAAUCUUCUUCAGGCCGACGCUGCCGAUUUAAUCCGAGACGCUUCGGUCAAUGACCGGGUGGAGUUACGGAUAUUUGGCGAUGUCGGAGCUAAGAUCCGGAUCAUGAACUUCGAUUCUCCUGGUGUUCAGGUAUCUGUGAACUGUGCUAUAGUGAUAAGUCCAAGGAAGCAAUCUCUGACUAACAAGCAGUGUGGUUUUGAUGGACUCAGCGUUUGAUGAGUGGCCAUCAUUUUCCUUUCUUCUUUUCUCUGUUCACUCACAUUCUCACUUGCACUCUGAUGGCUUUAAUUAAUUGGAGGAAAAAGAGAUCAGAAGAAAACACAGAUUAUAAUUUUGGAUGAGGGGGUUUGGAGCGAUUCACCGGAAAUUCUUGAACUGCAAAUUGUAACGAGGAAGAUUUUAGAUCACAUUAAAUUAGGAUUUUUCAAAACACUGUAAUUUUUUCUCCCCAAUUGGUUAUUAGCCGGGAAAACAAAAAUCUAAUGGUAUAUUGGAAAAUGUGAAAUUGAAUCUGUGGACUCACUUUUGAAA